CCUGUUUCUCCUGAAUAAAAUUAUAUAUAUAAUGGGGGCGGAGCCAGACAGCAGCGCUGACCGGCCUCAUAUUUUGUGGGUUCUGGGGGAAAAGUGCUAAAACAGCAAAAAUCACCAGUUUUAUGUCUGCAUUUCUACUGUUGGACUCUCCAGGAGACAGAGGGAGAUCACAACAGUGGCAAUACUCUUGUUCCAGGUCGAGAUCGGCGGCUGAUAAGGGGAGCAGAUGUGAGGCCCACAACAGGCCUACUCACAGUUCCUGCAGGGGAGGCGGUUGACCCUUUGGCAUGUUGCUGUAUCCUAUGCCUGCAGUCUCUCCUUCCAUCUCUCCCCCCGUGCCGGUGGGGGUUAUCCCAGCGCACUCUACUCAUGCUGCAGUGACGGAUUGCCAGCGGUAUGCCCUCCACCGCAACCAGCAUGCAGAGAACAGCAGGGACACCUUGACUGGCGCACCAGCAAUGGUGGACGCCACAUGUGACGGUGAUCAUCAGGGAGUGCUGGCCGGAGCUCUCUCAAUGCUGGACAGCAUCUUUGAAGCAUUCUGGCAGAAGCUACACCUCAGAUGCCCACAGGCCCUUCUAACCCGCUCACCUGGACAAUCAUCUUGUUGUCCUCGGGGUCAUCCUGCGGCUACCAACUUGCGGAAUAAGCGCCUCAAGCGGAGAAAGCAGAACCCGAGACGGACUGUGACUAGGCCUGCUCCAGCAUCACACAGUGCAAGCCCUAAGAUUCCUGAGCGGGCAGCAGACAGAAGGGGUGCACAGAGGGAGCCAGAGAGGCUGCACAGUUUUCCUGACUUCACACGCACCGCUCCCAAAGUACCGGACCAACAAACCCACGCUGCCUUAUGGGACUCUGUCUUGCCUGUAGCAGGUAUUGGAUGACUUUGGCCCUAAUCGAUUUCCACUCUGCUUGAUACAUGUAUGUUUUUUCUUUUUUUUUUACCUCCUGGCAGAGGACACAGUGGGCUAUUUAAUACUGAGCAUUGUUUUUGUCAUUCACCUAUCGGGUCCUGUGGAGUGGGACAUUGGCUGGUCAGUAGUCACCCAGCCUGUAUAUUAGCCUGUACUCAUUAUGUUCCUAUCCCUCCAACAUGUUACAUAAAUGUCUAGAAUGUUUUAGCUUGAUUCAUAGCAUUGUUUUGUCUGCUUCAUAGACCAUUUGCUGCAGCUUGUUUAUUCUUCCGUAAUGUACACCAAUUAAGCAACAUCUCCUAUGUGCACAUUACUUUGAUAAAGCCUCACCUAUCGUGUUUUCUUUACUGCAUAUAGUAAUUUAAUAACCACCCUAUCUGGUGGCACAUUAUGCUGUUUCUAAGCUACUUAGUGCAUAUGCUUAACCUGGUUCACUUAUUUGGGAUUUUAACGCCAAGCACCAUAUCUCUUCUCUGGCUACUAUUAUAAAUAAUGUGCAUUAUUAACGUUAUGCCAUACAAUUGUACUACUAUGCCUUUUGAAUUGCUUGCUAUAGCUGUUGUGGCUCUGCAAGUCUGUUUGUAACUACAAGCACAACAAAAAUAAAGAAAUUAAACAUUUUUAAUUAUAUAUAUAAUAAUUGUGGGUGCACUUAAUAAAAAAGAGGUGAAUUAUGGUUGAACAGACAUAUAGUAAAAUUCCAAGUUUUCUUUACGUUUCAUUUUGAUCAAAACGUGUACAUCUGGCUCAGUCCUUAAGGAGUUAAUGUGUUUACCGGGACUUUUAUUAUUGUGAAACAUUUGUAAACCGAAAUGUAGUUUCCCAUAGGAAUGCAUUGAAAACCAAUUAGUCAGAAAAAAAGUCAAAAUGAGCUGGCAUGCAAACCAACUCACAAUGCCAGAAAACACACUAAAAGGUAUACAAACGACAAAGCUCAGCUCCCUACCUUUCCACCGCUUGAGAAAUGCACCAAAAAAGUUCCAAAAAGUUCCAAAACCUCUGCAUACAAUUUCCAGAAUGGCUCCAAAACUCAAUGCAAAAACCGCUCCAACACCUCCAGUAUCUCUACACUCAACACCACGUGCUACCCACAGACUCCAGCAUGCACGGAGGCUGCGC